GCGAGAGAUUCAGUACUUUCUUCGACUUUGUUGAGUGUUUGAAAUGCGAUUUUAGCACCGGAGAAGCAUUGAACCUGAAUGAUUUCACCGACAAUGGAACAGGGUGAAAGUUUGAGAAUUCGCGUUGUUAUGGGUAAAGACAGGAUCAGUGAGUUGCCUGAUGGUUUGCUUCUAAAGAUAUUGUCUUCUCUUCCAACAAACAUUGUCGUAGCCACAAGUGUUUUGUCUAAACAAUGGCGGUCUCUCUGGAAGUUGGUGCCAAAUCUCGAGUUCGAUUCUGAUGAUUACGAAAGUGAACACUAUACAUUUUCAGAGAUUGUUUGCAAGUCUUUCCUUUCACACAAAGCUCCGGUUCUAGAGAGCUUUCGUCUCAAAUUUGUUAACUUUAAUCCUGUAGAUAUUGGACUUUGGGUUGGAAUUGCUUUUUCUCGACAUCUACGUGAAUUGGUGCUCGAUUUUUAUCCUGCUGAGCUCGGGAAGGGGGUGACCUUCACAUUUCCGAGUAGCUUGUGUACUUGUAACACACUUGAGACGUUGAAACUCGUACUAUGUAUUCUUGUAGAUAUACCUUCUCCAGUUCUUAUGAAGUCUCUUAGAACUCUGCACCUUGAGUUUGUGAGAUACAAAGACGAAUCAUCUGUCCGUAAUCUUUUAUCUGGCUGUCCUGGUCUUGAGGAAUUGCGUUUGUAUCGAGGUGACGAUUCUGAUAUUAAGGUUUUCACUAUUGAGGUCCCUUCUUUGCAGAGGUUAACGAUUCAUGAUAACAAUGAUGGACCAGAGUUUUGGGGAUAUGUGAUAAAUGCUCCUUUUUUGAAGUACUUACUAAUUGAAGAGUUAAGAUGUCCUGAGUUUUGUCUGAAUGCCCCGGAGUUGGUUGAGGCAAAUAUCGCUGAAGUUACAUCUAUAACCAUUGAGAAGUUUCUUGGAUCUUUCACUUCAGUCUCACGUCUGUUAUUGAAUUUAUCACCCUUGAAGAUUACAUAUCCUACUGGAAGUAUGUUCUAUCAGCUGGUAUCUUUAGAGAUGUAUACACGUGAAGCAGAGUGGUGGAAUCUACUUACGCUCAUGCUCGAGAAUUCUCCUAAACUACAAGUGCUCAAGCUCACUGAUGUAAGACAUUUCAUUAUUAGUCAGCUAGCUAUAUUUUAUGGUCUAGGUAAUGCUAUACAUUGAAUGCCCCCUUGUCUCUAUGGUCUCAGCGAAGUCAAAAUUUUCAUAAAGAUGGUUUGGUUAGCGGCAAAUGGAAUGAGCCAAAGGAUGUCCCUGAAUGUUUAUUGUCACAGUUAGAGACAUUUGUGUGGAGAAGAUUCGAUUGGGGAAGAGAAGAAGAGAAAGAAAUAGCUACAUAUAUUCUCAAGAACGGAAGACGGUUGAAGAAGGCAACUUUCUCGACAAAUCCCAUUGAAUCGGAAGAGCUCAAUAAGUUGAAAGAGAGACGUAAGGUGCUCAACGGAUUGGAUGGUGUGGUCAGGGCUUCAAAUUCAUGCCAGCUUGUGUUCAAAUUUGAUCCAUCUUAUCUUGGAUCAGACUCUCCUUAGCUCUUAGAGCCUCUAAAUUUUACCGGUAUGAGGGAUUUGGAUCGGUUUAGGGUUUUGACUUUUGAUAUUUAUCUAUCGUUAUGAUACAAUCAUGUUGUAUAAGUCAGAGCUUCAAAUUCUUGCCACCUUGUGUUCGGGUUUGAAUGAUCUUAGACUCAUUCUUAUCCUAUAAAGCUUUUACGACAUCUAUAUAUACAUUUUUGCAGCCAUUUUAGCAAAUAAAU